AUGCCGAAAACAAAACAAGCAUCAAAAAGUCGUACGGGAGUGAAGAAAGCUAAAGAUCCGAACGCUCCGAAACGCGCGAUGUCAGCUUUCUUUUUUUGGAUGCAAGAAAAUCGUGAACGCUUAAAGAAACCUGGAAUGGGUGUUGCUGAUGUCGCUAAAGCAGCUGGACUUGAAUGGGCACAAUUGGCUGAUAAAAGCAAAUGGGAAAAGAAAGCAUCGGAGGACAAAAAACGGUACGAAAAGGAGCUUGCAGCUUAUAAAAAACAUUAA